AUGUAAUCCAAGUCAAGUCAAGUGUAGAUAUAUCUGCUUAUAAAAAUACUUGAGAAUAUUUUAUUUAUUACCAUAUAGCUUAAUACUAUUUGCCAUCGGUAAAAUGUAAGACAUAUAAAACAACCCAAUUCAAAUAAUAGAUAAAUGUCUGCAUUUGUCUGCCCGUAAAUCAUCGUUGAAUAUUUUGUUUUCUUUUUGUUCCCCGAUGAAUCCAAUGAUGUAAUGCCAAAGUGGCGUCAUAUCCUGUUGCUGUCAUCUCACGUAGCAAACGCAAUGCCUUUUUACUUAUGUCACAAUUAUUGAGCCAAGGAGACGAAGCUCUGAAACCUACCAGAACUGUCAUAAAAUACAGUCAAACAUUCAAAAUUUUAAGACACGAAAGCCUUUUGCUGUCUUGCACCGGGGCUUUUAUUUUGAAACGUGUCAGCAGGAUAUUCAAUGUUUUCAUUGAACCUGCCUAGCAGUGAGAGAGGGGUAACGGGUAACCGCAUCCAUUUGUUAUUGUACUUUUAAUUUUUUUUUAUUGGAUGACGACAACACAUCUCUGAACGGGACCCCCAAAGCGGACUGUCCAUCAUGUCGGCUGAGGAGGAGAGGGAGGUAGUUCGUGUCAAAGUCAAGUCGUUUCUCAGGUCUGCUGUAAUGAAUACGAAAAGCAGUGUAUCCGCUUUUUGAAAGAAGUGUGAAGGGGUGUUACCAGUGGAGUUCCGCUCCUUUGCUGUUGAUCCUCAAAUAACCUCACUGGAGGUAUUGCAGCAUAUCCUAAUACGAGCAUUUGAGCUCAAUGGGAAACGCAACUUUGGGAUAAGUUACCUGUCCCGUGACCGCGGAGGUGUGGAGGUUUACGUGUCUCUGCUGUCUGACUGGGAUUUAGAUGCAGCGUUUGUCAGUGCAGCAAAGCCUUUCCUCCAGCUCAAGAUGGACAUCAAACCAUCAGAGGACAGUCCUGUUUUGGAGGAUUGGGACAUAAUCAGCCCUAAGGAUGUGAUUGGCUCAGACCAGUUGCUGGGAGAGAAGAGGUCGUUGGCUUCUGCCGCACUUCCUUUCACACAGUCCCUGCUGUCCCAGGUGGGUCGCACUCUAUCACGUGUGCAGCAGGCGUUGAGUUGGUCCUAUGGGGAGGAGGUGAAACCAUUUAAGCCUCCUUUAAGUGAUGCUGAAUUCCACAGUUACCUGAACAGCCAAGGUCAACUGACCCGACCAGAGGAACUUAGACUUCGUAUAUAUCAUGGUGGAGUUGAGCCAUCCUUACGCAAGGUUGUUUGGCGAUACCUCCUUAAUGUUUACCCAGAUGGUCUGACAGGACAAGAGAGAAUGGACUACAUGAAGAGGAAGACAAGAGAGUACGACCAGCUGAAGUGCGAAUGGACAGAACGGGUCAGCGCAGAGGACCUGGAGUUCAUCAGGGGAAACGUUCUGAAAGAUGUUCUUCGAACAGAUCGGGCACAUCCUUACUACGCAGGCUCAGAGGACAGCCCACAUCUCACUGCCUUGACAGACCUCCUCACCACCUUUGCUAUUACACACCCACAGGUGUCUUAUUGCCAAGGCAUGAGUGACAUUGCCUCGCCAAUCCUCGCCGUCAUGGACAAUGAAGCUCAUGCCUUUAUCUGCUUCUGUGGCAUUAUGAAACGUCUUGAGGGCAACUUCCGCCCUGACGGACAACUUAUGUCCAUUAAGUUCCAGCAUCUCAAGUUGCUUCUGCAGUACUCAGACCCUGAGUUUUAUGCCUACCUAGUCUCAAAAGGUGCAGACGAUCUGUUUUUCUGUUACCGCUGGCUGCUUUUGGAGCUGAAGCGUGAAUUCGUGUUUGAUGAUGCCCUGAGAAUGCUGGAGGUCACCUGGAGCUCCUUGCCACCUGAUCCACCUGAGACAGAGGUGGAGCUUCUGGGGCCAGCGCUUGAGGCAGAUCAGUCCAAUGGCUCACAGAAUCUUCAUCAGAAUGUGGACAUGGAGGAGAUAGAAGAGAAGCAGACAGGAAGGCAGAGGAGACGUCACAUGCUAAGACCGUCCCGAGAGGAGGCAGAUGGGGGACGUAACUUCAUCGUAGAGGAGGAGAAGGGGCCUCGGAAGGAAGGUGAAGGAGAGUACAGUAUAGAUGAAAUGGUCAAGAAUUAUGUCAAAGCUCCAACUCCCUCAUUUGAGAAGCAGGCAAGUUUUGGGGAAUUCAAGUACUAUAGUGGCCGAAGCGAGGACAGCUUUGAGAUGAAUGAGAACGAUUGCUCUGAUCAUAUUUUAUCUUCAGUACAGUUUCAGUCUGCACACUCCACAUUGCCAUUCUCGGUCCGUCAGUCCACAGAGGAAAGUGAGGAUGACCCUGGAGAGCAGGAACCUCUUAUCUGUAAUCAUACACCAUCUUCUCCAGGGCAAAGAGACUCUCCCAAUGGGCAAGCAGCUUCCCCAGCAUCAUCUCUUCCUUCUGGUCUACCAAAUUGGAAGAGUAGCUCAAAUCAUUCACCGGAAGCAUCUAAUUCUCCAUCCAGCUGGAGAACAGCGUCUCCUGAUGCCCUUUCAAAAUGCACAUCCUCUUCCUCUAGUGAAGACAAAUCCGUGUCUCCUGAUAAACCUCCUGGGGGGUUCAUGUCCUCACAAGCUGUAAUAAAUGAAACUGGGGUUCAAUCCCCAUCAGUGGUCCCAGGGAAAUCUCGACUGGCGUCUCCGUCGCAGGGUUCCAAUCAUUCACUUCUCUCUUCUCCUGUUUUAUCCUUUGGCAAGUCGCCGUCUUUGCCCAAAGCGUUCUCUAGCAAUCUUCCCUCGCCAUGCAGACCCACUGGGUCUGGCGUAACCUCUCCAAACACAAACAAACCAGAAGGAAGCACAAUUAAACCCUGCUCGCUUCCUCCUCCUCAAGAGUUUGGGAAAGGGAAUCCCUUCAUGCUUUUCCUUUGCCUGUCUAUCCUGCUGGAACAUCGUGACCACAUUGUUAAAAACAGCCUGGAUUACAAUGAGCUGGCCAUGCACUUUGACCGCUUGGUCCGUCGCCACAACCUUGGGCGUAUUCUGCAGCGAGCUAAAGCCCUCUUUGCAGACUACCUGCAGAGUGAGGUAUGGGACUCGGAGGAAGGGGAUGAAGUAAGCUUAGACUCCCCGACCACAGCGGCAACAUCCCCCCAGACACCCACAAGUAGACCUCCUUUCCUCAAUGUACAGCCCUCUCAGGGUACCUUCCCGAAUUCAACCUAUAAUCUGGCCAAUACCAUUCCCUCUCCAGUAACUCCUGUUGCACUCUCUCCAUCUGAUUCCUGAUUCUGUACAGUAGUAGAUUAUCUUCAGAAACCAGCUCCACACCACAAACGGACCCAGAAGCAAGUUUUACUGUACCUUUCCGAGUCACAGCAUACCUUUGUGCUUUACACAUGCUUAAUAAGACUUGUAUUGUUUUAUGUUACCAACCAAAACUUAGUGACUUUCUCAUAUCUCCUUUUUCCUGUCCAACAAGGCAAGCCCCUUUCAUUGUACUGUAUCUUUUUUUUAAUUGCACUUUAUUGAUUGUCCUUUGGAAGGGCAGGCCAGUUUGUGUCUCGUUUCACUUUGUAAAUACUUUCAAAAGGCACAUUA